CACCGCGCACGGACGCACCGCCUCCGAGCGCACGAGCCGUCUUCUGAUCCCGCGAGCACACGCCGCGAUCUCGACUCAAGCAAGGCAGCGAGACGAGACCAAACCAUGGCGGCCAACCACCACCUCCGCCGCCUCGCCUCCGCGUCCGCCCCCGCUCUCUCCCGCCUCUCCAAACCCCCUGCUUCGCCGCUCCUCCGCCCCGCGUUCUCCAGCUCCGCCUCCCCCGCGGAUCAGCUGGCGGCGGCGGGGGCCGCUGCAGCCGAGAAGGGCGAGGCCCAGGGCGCCGUGAAGGAGGCGGGCGGGGCGCAGGGCGCUGAUGCUGGCGCGAGGAAGGCGGGGGAGGAGGACGAGGAUGACGGCGGCCUGGACAUAAACGAGGCCACGGGCGAGAUCGGCGGCCCGCACGGGCCGGAGCCCACCCGCUACGGCGACUGGGAGCGCGGCGGCCGCUGCUCCGACUUCUGAGCAACCGCUACCAACUGGGAGGGUAAAAACUUGCUCUCCGAUUCGUUCUAAGUUGUAAUCACAAGGAUAUGGCAUGGCAUGGCAUGGUGAUUCUGUUUUACUCUGUUGGGGGAAUAAAUCUUGUUGUUAUACUGAACAUGGUUCUGAAGUUUCAGAGUACUGUACCAUCUUAGCAUGUAUCUAAGCUUUCUAAGUUCUCUGUAUGAAUUCUGUUGAGUGGUAACUGAUUGUUUGUUUAGUUUGAUUUU